AUGGCUGACUUAAGUGUUGAUAUAUCUAAGUUACCGGACGAGAUAAAAGAUAAACUAGCUGAGUUGGACUUGGAGUUGUCUGAAGGUGACAUCACACAAAAGGGCUAUGAAAAGAAGCGGACACGUCUUCUUACACCAUACAUUCCACAGCAACAGCCUCAAGAGGUGCGACAAGAGGCGGUCCAGCAAGCGCUGGCGGAGAUGCAGAACAGGCCUAAACCCUCGUUGCCGAUGCCAUCUAAGAGGACCUCCAUGAUGGCGAAAAGUCCCGACAGGGAAAGGCACGACCUAUCAUCCAGUUCGGAUGAGGACUCGUGCGCCGGCGACAACGAGUUGCCUCCGCCGCCGGAGUUGGGCUCCCCACCAGCGCGUCGCCCCGCCGCUCCUCACCCUCGUUCCCACCCUCAACCUCUCCUACCACCGCAGUUGCACCCAGCACGCGAGCAAAGAGAAAAACUGCAGAAACAUGCACCCCGUGAGCGGACAGAGAUCGACCUCUCCGAUAUAACUACACAUCUACCGGCCUAUAUUCAGCCUGAUGUGACGCACACCACGUCUGGUAAUCGACGAGGAGGCGCGCUAGUUGCAGACCGAGUGCAAUGCUACGCGCAACCUGAGGACACCGGCACUGGCACUGGUCGGUGGAAGGUGUCAGCCAAAAUUCAGCAAUUGCUCAAUACAUUAAAAAGGCCGAAACGACGACCCCUACCGGAAUUUUACGAAGACGACGAUAUUGAAUUGGAAAUAGCCGCGAACCCCAAGGAUCCAAACGCGCCUAAACCGGAGGGAGGCACAAUGACCCCAGCGGUGGGGGAACAGUUGGUGGUGCCCGCUGGGCUGCCGAGAAAUUUGGAGGCUGCCCUACAAAGAUAUGGAACGGCAUCCUUUAAAGCUAACGUUGCAACAGUACUGGACCCCAAUGGGAAAAUGAGCAACUCUCUUACUUAUGGUAAGCUGCUAAGCCGAUCGUUGAAGAUAGCACAUGCAAUUCUGAACAAGAAUUUUACAUCCAAGACUAGCAGCGGUGGGCCCCUUACGGGGGAUAAUUCAAUCAAGCCCGGAGAUAGAGUAGCCCUCGUGUACCCAAAUAACGACCCCAUAAAUUUCAUGUGCGCCUUCUACGGAUGCUUGCAAGCUGGAGUUGUUCCAGUCCCGAUAGAAGUGCCAUUGACUAGGAGAGACGCUGGACUCCAGCAAGUCGGAUUCCUCCUUGGAUCCUGCGGGAUACAGUACGCUUUGACGUCAGACGCUUGUUUAAAAGGCCUACCGAAGACGUCGUCCGGUGAUGUGGUGUCGUUCCGUGGCUGGCCGUCCCUUCAGUGGGUGUCAACGGAGAAGCUGCCGCGGCCGCCGCGCGAUUGGAUACCGCCCCCGCGCCCCGCGGAGGACAGCCCCGCUCAUAUAGAGCACACCUCGGCGGCAGAUGGAUCCGCUAUGGGCGUCAUAGUUACCAGGGCGUCAAUGCUGGCCCACUGCCGCAUGCUGUCAGUGGCGUGCAACUACACAGAAGGCGAACACAUGGUAUGCGUAUUAGACUUCAAGAGGGAGACUGGGCUCUGGCACGCCGUGCUGGCUAGCGUGCUAAAUGGCAUGCACGUUAUAUUCAUACCUUAUGCCCUUAUGAAGGUCAGCCCGGCUUCCUGGAUGCACAUGAUCACAAAGUACAGGGCGUCCGUGGCUAUAGUGAAGUCACGGGACUUGCACUGGGGCCUGUUAGCGACGCGCGACCACAAGGAGAUUUCUCUUAGUUCAUUGAGAAUGUUACUCGUGGCCGAUGGAGCUAAUCCCUGGUCGUUGUCUUCUUGUGACCAGUUCCUCUCCGUGUUCCAGACAAAAGGUGUUCGCGGUGACGCCAUAUGCCCGUGCGCGUGUAGUAGUGAAUCUUUGACUGUGUGCGUACGACGUGCGGGGCGCGGGGGGUCAUCCGCGGGGCGGGGGGUGUUGUCAAUGUCCGGCCUCUCUUAUGGAGUGGUACGCGUUGACGCUGAGAACUCUCUUACAUCGCUCACAUUGCAGGACUGCGGUCAAGUUAUGCCAUCGUGUGUGAUAGUGGUUGUGAAAAUGGAAGGGCCCGCCUUCCUUUGUAAGACUGAUGAAGUGGGUGAGAUAUGCGUCUUGUCCGGUGCCACUGGGUCCGGCUACUGGGGCUUACCUGGUCUCACCAACACAGUAUUCCGAGUUAGGCCACUGGAUUCGGAUGGAGAGCCUAUAGGAGAGGAAUAUUAUGUAAGGAGCGGCCUUUUGGGAUUCCUGGGACCUGGUGGUUUGGUAUUCGUGUGUGGAUCUCGCGACGGUCUGAUGACAGUGACCGGUCGCAAACACAACAUGGACGAUAUCAUAGCGACAGUUCUCGCUGUGGAGCCCAUGAAGUUCAUAUAUCGUGGUCGUAUCGCUGUGUUCUCGGUGCGCGUUCUGCGUGAUGAACGCAUAUGUAUAGUCGCCGAGCAGCGACCAGACUGCGGGGAGGAAGAGUCGUUCCAAUGGAUGUCGCGGGUGCUCCAAGCGGUCGACUCUAUACACCAAGUGGGCAUCUAUUGCUUGGCAUUAGUUCAACCGAACUAUUUACCCAAGACUCCUCUGGGGGGUAUACACCUCAGCGAGUGCAAGAGGCGUUUCCUCGAAGGCACUUUGCAUCCGGCCAAUGUUCUAAUGUGUCCGCACACUUGUGUCACAAACCUGCCGAAACCGAGAGAAAUACAUUCGGAUGUUGGUCCAGCCUCUGUUAUAGUUGGCAAUUUGGUGCAAGGCAAUCGCUUAGCAUCUGCCCAAGGACGCGAUAUGGGAUAUACAGAUGACUCAGAUGCUGCCAGAAAGUAUCAAUUUAUAUCACAAAUACUAAGAUGGCGAGCGCAAAGCACGUCGGACCACGUUAUAUUUACUUUGCUCAACUCGAAAGGGGCCGUUGCCAAAGUGUUGACUUGCGCAGAAUUACAUAAGAAAGCUGAGAGAAUUGGCAACUUGUUAUUAGAGAAGGGUCGCGUCAAUACAGGGGAUCAUGUCGCGUUAAUAUUCCCACCCGGGCUGGAUCUCAUAUGCGCUUUCUAUGGCUGCCUUUAUGUUGGCGCCGUUCCCGUCACUAUAAGGCCACCCCACCCACAAAACCUCCACACGACCUUACCCACAGUGCGAAUGAUCGUCGACGUCAGCAAGGCCACACUAGUCCUCUCAAACCAAUCUGUGAUAAAACUACUCCGCUCUAAGGAGGCUAGUAACGUGUUAGACAGUAAAGCAUGGCCGAUAACCUUAGACACAGAUGACAUGCCUAAAAAGAAACUACCGAUCUUAUACAGGGCACCCACAGCGGAGAUGCUUGCAUAUUUAGACUUUAGCGUAUCGACCACCGGAAUGUUGGCGGGCAUCAAAAUGUCCCAUGCGGCCGUCACGUCACUGUGCCGCUCCAUGAAAAUAGCGUGUGAAUUGUACCCCUCCAGGCACAUAGCCCUAUGCCUCGACCCCUACUGCGGCCUAGGAUUCGCUCUGUGGUGUUUGAGCAGCAUUUAUUCAGGACACCAUUCCAUACUCAUCCCACCUUCCGAAGUAGAAAUCAACCCUGCCCUCUGGCUGAGUGCAGUGUCACAAUACAAAGUGCGCGACACUUUUUGCUCGUACGGGGUGAUGGAGUUAUGCACUAAAGGACUAGGAAGCUCUGUAAACCAGUUGAAAUCCAAAGGAAUCAACUUGGCCUGCGUCAGGACCUGCGUGGUCGUUGCGGAAGAACGACCGCGAAUCAACUUGACGAAUUCAUUCUCGAAAUUAUUUUCCGCUCUCGGUCUCAGUCCCCGUGCCGUGUCCACGUCCUUCGGUUGUCGUGUGAAUAUAGCUAUAUGCUUACAAGGCGCUUCUAGUCCCGAGCCGUCUACAGUGUACGUAGAUCUAAGAGCGUUGCGGAACGAUCGUGUGUCGCUCGUGGAACGUGGCAGCCCGCAUUCCUUAUGUCUGAUGGAAUCUGGCAAACUCUUGCCCGGAGUUAAAGUUAUUACAGCGAAUCCGGAAACGAAAGGUCAAUGCGGUGAUUCGCAUUUGGGCGAGAUUUGGGUGCAAUCGCCGCACAACGCGAGCGGAUAUUUCACGAUAUACGGUGACGAAUGCGAUUACGCUGACCAUUUCAGCGCUCAAUUAGUUACAGGAAAUACAGGGGAAGUGUAUGCACGGACGGGAUACUUAGGGUUUUUGAGGAGGACUGAGAUUACUGCUGUGAAUACUAGCGGGGACGAGACUUCGCUAAUGGCUCGUGAUAGUGACACGGAGUCGCUGGCGUCAGCAUGUGGAAGUGUCAGCGCCGUGUCAGACACACACGACACUCACGACGCCGUGUUCGUAGUGGGAGCUCUAGACGAAACUAUUAUGCUCAGAGGCAUGAGAUACCAUCCCAUCGAUAUCGAGAAUUCAGUAAUGCGCUGCCACAAAAAGAUUGCCGAAUGCGCCGUGUUCACUUGGACGAAUUUGCUCGUGGUCGUCGUGGAAUUGGACGGCAACGACAGUGAAGCGUUAAACUUGGUGCCGCUAGUCACCAACACGGUACUAGAGGAGCACCACCUCAUAGUGGGAGUGGUGGUAGUCGUCGAUCCCGGCGUCGUGCCGAUCAAUUCGCGCGGUGAGAAGCAACGCAUGCAUCUCAGAGACGGAUUCCUGUCCGACCAGAUCGACGCCAUUUAUAUAGCAUACAACAUGUAA